ACUCACAUGCAUGCCGCUACUUCCUGGAUGGAAGAAUGGAACCAGAGACCGUUCGGUACGUUUAGAAAGUCUGUGAUGGAACGCUUCCAGCACUGCCUUUGCAACAUUCUCUCUACAUUCAUAAGUGGCGCCGCGGGUCACCGCUGAAUGGACGAACAUAAUCAGUAGCCUAUUCUUCGACCAUUUUUUUCCUCAAGUUGACGAAAUUGAGUCGGGCUCGUUGACUUUCACCUAUAUGAUUCACUUUGGGAAUGUAGAAAGAAAGCUUGGAUGCAUGUGGCCGACUGUGACAAAACUAUUUUUCUGCGGUUCACAGCCAUAGAUAUUCCAUGAAACAGAUGCUUAAUUGGCUUCAAGUGAAUUGCCAUCAAACUACACUCCAUCUGACACUACAGUUGGGUUUGCGCCCUAUGUGCUAACGUCUGUUUUCUACAAUCAAGUUUAUGUAAUUUUGUAGACCUCAAACUUUGUCACCCGUUGCCUUCUUGUUGCUCUCGAUGAGUAUUUUGACAUGCGGAGAAUACUGGAACCGAGUCACUGGUGGACCUUAUCCAUAAUUUGUUCAUCCUUGGCCGUGUUUACCGACUGUCAUCCUGCUCUACAGGGUGGCCAGUCGGGGUCAGUAGGAGAGGAGCACCAUGGGAGCAUGGGGGGCGGGGUGAGGGAGAGGAGGGCCACAGGAGGAAACUCCUACUGGGCUUAUUCCGGGACCCACAGUCCUGGGGUCUGGACCUCCUCAUACCCUGAGUGUGCGGAGAGGAACCAAUCACCGGUGGACAUCUCAGACAAGGAUGCCAAGGUGUCUCAGGAGUGCCAGGAGCUGACCCUCAAUGGGUUCAACGCCGAGUCAUCCAACAAGACCUCCAUGAAGAACACAGGAAAGACAGUGGCUGUUCUGCUGAAGGAUGACUAUUUUGUACGGGGGGCAGGACUACCUGGACGCUUCAAGGCGGAGAAGAUCGAGUUCCACUGGGGUCAGAGUAACGGAUCAGCAGGGUCGGAACACAGCAUCAACAGCAGAAGGUUCCCCGUGGAGAUGCAGAUAUACCUGUACAACUCAGAUGACUUUGACAGUCUCAGUGCGGCCAUCAAGGAGAAGCGCAUCAUUGCUGCGAUGGCUGUGUUUUUUGAGGUGGGGCGGCGAGACAAUCCAGCCGUAGAGCCCAUCAUCCAGGGACUAAAACGGGUCGUACACCACGAGAAGGAGACAUUCCUGAGUUCCUUCGUCCUGAGGGAUCUGCUACCGUCAUCGUUGGGGAGUUACUACCGCUACACAGGCUCUCUCACCAUCCCGCCCUGCAGCAAGGUGGUCGAGUGGAUCGUCUUAUCCAGACCCGUUUUCCUCUCCCACUCACAGCAAUCCAUCCCUCUCCUCAUUCUUCCCCCCUCCGUCCCUCUCCCUUCCUCACCAGUCUGUAGCAGUGCCCCGGUCAACAUGAAGAUCCAGCCGCUGAAUGGCACUGCCCUGGUGGUGAGCUGGCAGCGCCCGCUAAUGGUUUACCACCCGCCUAUCACCAGCUUCAUGGUCUCCUACAGCUGGGUGAAGAGUGAUGUGGCCUAUGAGAAGACCUUCACCAAGACUGGGGACCAGAACAUGAAGGCGGUGAUAACCCACGUGUCUCCAGACAUCUUGUAUCUGUUCAGAGUCCAGGCGGUGUGCCAGAGAGACCUACGCAGUGACUUCAGCCAGACACUGCUCUUCAGAGCUAACACCACCAGGAUAUUUGAGGGAACACGGAUAGUGAAAACUGGAAUGCCCACUGUCUCCCCAGCCUCCUCGGCAGACAUGGCUCCCAUAAGCUCCGGAUCCUCUACCUGGACCUCCUCUGGCCUCCCCUUCUCCUUCGUCUCUAUGGCUACAGGGGGCAUGGGCCCCUCGUCCAGCGGCAGUCAGGCCACGGUAGCAUCGGUGGUAACCAGCACCCUUCUGGCCGGCCUGGGCUUCAGCGGAGGGGUCAUCUCCUCCCUGCCUGGCUCUCUCUGGCCCACCCAGGCCCCUGCAGCCAGCCCUGGGUCUAACCCCGGCCCGGGUCCCAGCCGCCAGCCUGCCCAGCCCCAGGCCUCCACCGAGCCCCCCACAGCCCCUCAGGGUGGUUCUGACACGGACACCCCCACUGAGGAGAAAGAGGCGGGGGUGGACAGGGAGAACGAGGCGGAGGAGGGAGAGGGAGAGGAGGAUGAAGGGGAAGACGACAGGAGGAGGAAGAAGAAUAACAAGACAACGCCUGAUGAGGUGGAGAUGCAUCUAAAUAACACUGUGGUCAAAGAGCCCAUUUCCGCCCUCACCCCCACAGCCACAGCCAAAGAGAAAGGACAGGGGCAAGGAGAGCCUGUUGCUAACAGCACCACAGUGCCAAUAAGUGGAGGGGAGGACCAACUGGUCAGAGUGGACAGUAACACAGGGCCCACUGUGGAGCCAAAGAAUGACACAGAAGAGAGAGAGAUACAGAUUCCCCAGAGCCCAACACGCUCCCCAAAGACUAGUGGGGAAGAGAAGAGCCUUUGGCCUUUCUCUGUCCACACUGACAGGACCAGUGUGUCCAACAUGACCCGCAGCCCUCACCCCGGGGUGGGCAGGAUGGAGUGGAUCCUCCCACUGGUGGUGGUCUCUGCGCUCACUCUGCUCUGCCUCAUCAUGCUACUGGCUGUCCUGGUCUACUGGAGGAGGUUUUUCCAGACAGCUCACUUCUAUGUGGAGGACAGUAGUUCUCCCAGGGUGGUGGCCAAUGAGAACAUCCCCGUCAUCCCCAUCCCAGAUGACAUGGAUGCCAUCCCCGUCAGGCAGUUAAUCAAACACAUCACGGAGCUCUACUCCAACAACCUGCACGGCUUCUCUGAGGAGUUUGAGGAGGUCCAGCGUUGUACGGUGGACCUGAAGAUCACAGCAGAACAUUCCAAUCACCCUGACAACAAGCACAAAAACAGAUACAUCAACAUCGUGGCCUAUGAUCACAGUAGGGUGAAGUUACGACCCUUGACUGGAAAAGAUGCCAAACACAGUGACUUCAUCAACGCUAACUAUGUAGAUGGUUACAAUAGUCCCAAGGCCUACAUCGCGGCCCAGGGCCCUCUCAAGUCCACUUUCGAGGACUUCUGGAGGAUGGUGUGGGAACAGAACACUGGUAUCAUCGUCAUGAUCACUAACCUGGUAGAGAAAGGAAGGAGGAAAUGUGACCAGUACUGGCCCACAGAGAGCAGUGAGGAGUAUGGCAACAUCGUGGUCACUCUGAAGAGUACUAACGUUCAUGCCUGCUACACACUGAGACGAUUCCUUAUACGGAACACCAAAGUCAAAAAGGGUCAGAAGGGCAACCCAAAGGGGCGUCAGAACGAGCGGAUGGUGAUCCAGUAUCACUACACCCAGUGGCCUGACAUGGGCGUGCCGGAGUACACCCUACCUGUCCUCACUUUCAUAGGGCGCUCCUCUGCAGCACGUACACCUGACAUGGGCCCCGUCCUAGUCCACUGCAGUGCUGGAGUCGGGCGGACAGGGACGUACAUCGUCAUCGACAGCAUGCUGCAGCAGAUCAAAGACAAGAGCACAGUCAACGUCUGGGGCUUUCUCAAACACAUCCGCACGCAACGCAACUACCUGGUUCAGACAGAGGAGCAGUACGUGUUCAUCCAUGAUGCCCUGAUGGAGGCCAUCCUGGGCAGUGAGACAGAGGUACCCGCUUGUCAGCUCCAUGGUUACGUCAACAGCAUCCUCACCCCUGGCCUCGGGGGCCGCACGCGCCUCGACAAGCAGUUCAGACUGCUGACCCAGUGUAACACCCACUUCAUAGAGUGCUUCAGCGCCCAGAAAGACUGCAACAAGGAGAAGAACCGCAACUCCUCAGUGGUUCCAUCGGAACGAGCUCGAGUAGGACUGGCCCCUCUCCCUGGAAUGAAAGGCACAGACUACAUCAAUGCCUCCUACAUAAUGGGUUACUACAGGAGUAAUGAGUUCAUCAUUACCCAGCAUCCUUUGCCCCACACCACCACAGACUUCUGGAGAAUGAUCUGGGACCACAACGCCCAAAUCAUCGUCAUGCUUGCUGACAACCACGGUUUGGCUGAGGAUGAGUUUGUGUACUGGCCGAGCAGAGAGGAGGCGAUGAACUGCCUAGCCUUCACCGUCACCCUGAUCAGCAAGGACAGAUUGUGUCUCUCCAACGAAGAACAGAUCAUCAUCCACGACUUUAUACUGGAGGCCACGCAGGAUGACUAUGUCCUGGAGGUAAGACAUUUCCAGUGCCCUAAAUGGCCCAACCCAGAUGCUCCUCUCAGCAGCACCUUCGAGCUCAUCAAUGUCAUCAAAGAGGAGGCCAUGACACGAGACGGACCCACCAUCAUACACGAUGAGUUUGGGGCAGUGUCUGCGGGGACUCUGUGUGCCCUCACCACCCUGUCUCAGCAGCUGGAGAGUGAAGGGGCUGUGGAUGUCUAUCAGGUGGCUAAGAUGAUCAACCUCAUGAGGCCAGGAGUCUUCACAGACAUUGAGCACUAUCAGUACCUGUACAAGGCCAUGUUGAGCCUGGUGAGCAGCAGAGAUAGCGGGAUGUGCCCCCUCUACAUGGACACUAAUGGAGUGGUUGUCAUAAUGGACGAAUCAGACCCUGCAGAGAGCAUGGAGUCGCUGGUCUGAUUGACUGGUUACUGGACUGACUGGUUACUGGUUUGACUGGUUACUGGUUUGACUGGUUACUGAUCUGAAGGGUUCUACUGGUUACUGGUCUGACUGGUUACUGGUCUGACUGGUUACUGGUCUGACUGGUUACUGGUCUGACUGGUUACUGGUCUGACUGGUUGUAUUGGUCUGACUGGUUACUGGUCUGACUGGUUACUGGUCUGACUGGAGUCAUUAGUCUGAAUGAACACACCGUAGCUCACACCACCACCCGAAGGCACUUAAUUUGUACAACUCUGAGAAACGGAGAGAACUUUGGCGGACUUUCCCGAGGCCUUUUUUGCCAGAACUAUUGGUUAAAUGAAUACCGGUAACCUGAUUACCUUUUUUUACACUGAUGAUAUAAUGUUUUUUGAUAUUUAUUGUUUCUUCAUUAUUUUUGUCUGAAUUGUUAUCCUGCUGAGGGUUUGCACCUGUUUAAGUUGUUUCACGUGUGGAAAAAGAAAGAAGCUCUGUCCAGUUUGCACUAUACUUUCAGUGUUACUGCCUAAAACCCUGUUAGAUAAUACAGUACAGUUAGCUAGACCCUGGCUCCACGCUCCACUACCCGCAUUGGAACCCAUUUUGGAUUGUGGCAAAGAAAAUACUUUCGCCUCAAUGAAUGAAUGAACAGUGAAGACCAAGGACGACCCUACAGGUCAACGUGAUCUUCCAGGCCAAUAGAUUUCGUAAUACAGACCAUCCCAGUUCAGUACAUUUUAUUACAGUACAGCUCACCCAACAUGCAUUGCAUCACUAUUAUCUGGCCAACACUUAUUUUGGAAACGCCACCUUAUCCAAGGAAAAUUUUAAUCUGUAGAGAUACUAUGUUACUUAUACAUAUUAUAACUAUAUUACCCAAAUAUCCCCAUUCAUAUUUGUAAAUUAUACCCAUUACUUAGAUUUUUUUAAAGUAGUAUUACAACUACUGUGAACAUUUAUUGCUUUAUAUUAAGAUUUAUAUUGUUUUGUAAUAUAUAUGACUAUAUCCUUUAUCAAAGUAAGCAGCUGGUUUUGUAUACUGUAUAUCAUUCCCCCUCUCACCUUGUGUGGAUCAAGACCCAUAGUGUCCAUUUUGUCCAACCCAGCUCUACAUGUGGCUUAUCUUGCAUCAACUGUUUUACUUAAUAUAAAGUUUACUUCAUAAAAUACAGCUUUCAUCUUACCAAAUUAACGGAGUUCUCGCAGUCUUAACAUCAUCUCGAGGGGGAAGUGUUUUUCUUUCAUUAUAACCAAAGACGUGGUUGAAAAUUGCAUCAAGAAAGUUGUUUGACUGUAAUUGGACAAAAAAAAUAUAUAUUAUUACAUGGUUGUUGCAAUGUUACCACAAAGUUCUUAGAAUGUGUUUCGGACAACGAUCAGUCACAUGACGCGUUCAUCCUAAUGAAAGUCCAUAGUGUAAAGCCCAUACUUCACCAUGUGAAAUUACAUUUGAACUGGAUUUGAACUAACCCUUACACCAAACAACAAUAUCUACUUUACUCAUUCAUACUGUACCAUGUAGCUAUACCCUGUACUUAUACAUAGAUGCUAUAGUUUCCUUCUUUUUUUCCUCUUCUCUGUCCACGAGAAGCUUCUUAAAUGAAGUCACAACUCUCCAACGUUUGGAGAGAAGUCCUGACUUUAUUACAUGCUUAUUUGUCACAAUGGGAAACAGUUUUUGGCAGCCAACAACCAUUUUGUUUUGCAUGUGUAACUUUUAAAUGUAUCUCAAUCAUUAUUAUUAUUAACGUUACGCUUUCUACAUAUUUCAUUUAUAACAUGAGUGUAAUUUCCUAUUUCGAAGGUAUGUACAUAUUUACUUGAAGGACCUGGCUUCUUGGACGUUCUACUCUUUGCUGUGUGAUCAUUAUAGACCUUUUAUUUUCAAAUGAAGCUUUUUUCUUUGUAACAGUAUCCUCCUCUCAGUCAUUGAAUUCGUGGUGAGUAUGUAGGAAUCAUGUCUCCAUGGAUACAAGUAGACUGCCAUCACCUUCCAACACAAGUCCAUGACUGCUUCUAAAAUGGCAUCCUAUUCUCUAUAUUGUGCCCUACAUUUGAUCAAAAGAGGUGCACUAUAUACAGUAGGGAAUAGGAUACCAUUCACCGUAAAUCAUUUGUUUUUCUCUCGGGGUCAAGAAUAUGUUAUUCCUCCCCAUUUUGAAUAUCAGACUUUUGCUAUAGACUACAUCAGACCAGUGUGCGCUAUGGAUGAAAAAGAUUCCGGGAGUCACUGAGUAAAGUUUGCCUCCUCAACCCAUCUAAGCAAGUUCAGCAGUUGUUCGAUUUUGUAAACGUGAAGAAAUGAAAUGGUUUGGUCCAUUUAUUAUAUUGUCAUUGUAUGAUAGUGCCAUGGUGUUGUAUUACUAUGGUACUGUCAUAUGAUAUAAUAUUAUUAUAGUGUAAUAGUGUUAUUUAAUAUGUAAAUUGUAUUGCUAUACAUUAAAUAAAGUAUGGGUUUUGAUGUACUUCA